GACGAAUACAUCUUCGAUCUCACCAUUUCUACCCACCCAAUCAUCAUGCCAACCCCCUCACAAGCCAAGUCCCACCACAUCUCCAGCGGUCCAUUGGAUCCCAGCGAAGCCCGCUGGAUCCGAAUGGCCAAGAUAACAUACAGCGACCCCCUUGGCGUCGAACGAACAUGGGAAUCAGCUGAGCGUACGACCCGCCCCGCCGGCGUAGAACUCGACGGCGUCGGCAUUGUCACAAUCCUGAACAAAGAAACAGGCCCAGAACUACUUCUGCAAAAGCAAUACAGACCCCCGAUCGACAAGGUCGUCAUUGAAGUUCCGGCUGGUCUUAUCGAUGCAGGCGAGACACCUGAGCAUUGUGCUGUUCGGGAGCUCCAUGAGGAGACGGGGUAUGUUGGUGUGGCAGAGCAGAUUAGUCCUGUGAUGUAUAACGAUCCCGGACUAUGCAACACAAACUUGCACAUGGUUCACGUCCGCGUCGACAUGUCUCUGCCUGAGAACCAGAAUCCCAAGCCUCAGCUUGAGGACAACGAGUUUAUUGAGUGUUUUACUGUUCCGCUCAGCUCGUUGUUUGAGGAGACGAAGAAACUUGAGAAGGAGGGGUAUGCUAUUGAUGCUCGGGUUGGAACGCUCGCCGAGGGAAUUGAAUUGGCCAAGAAGUGGAAGUUCUAGGGCGAUAAUUGCAUGAUAUCUUGGUCUCAAAUUGACCACCAGUUAUCAAGCCAGACCUCUACCAAU